AUGGUUGCUAGGAAAUGGAUUGCAAGCUUUAUGAGUGACCGGCACGCCAACAUCGGAUUCGACGAUUUCCGUACCGAGACAGAGCUACUAGUACAUGCGGGUCUAGCGCAAGGCUCGCCGCUCUCUCCUAUCUUGUUUGCAUUCUUCAAUGCCGAUCUGGUCGACCAGCCCGUCAACUCCCACGGAGGCGCGUCGGCAUUCAUUGACGACUACUUUCGAUGGAGAGUGGGCAGCUCACCCGAGGAAAAUCUAGCCAAGAUACAGUCCGAGGAUGUCCCUCGCAUUGAGGAGUGGGCACAGCGAACCGGAUCCUGCUUCGCUGCGGAGAAGACUGAACUCAUCCACAUCACCAGGAAGAGGGGAGUGCACCUUCAAGGACAAAUCACCUUCGAUGGAACCGAUGUCAAGCCAUCACCUACAGCCAAGCUGCUAGGAGUGAUAUUCGACCAGGGACUUCGUUGGAAAGAACACGUUCAGCAGGCCAUCAAACGCGCCACCAAGACGACUAUCGCACUAAGUGGGCUACGGCAUUUGCGCCCAGAACAGAUGCGACAGCUCUACCAAGCAUGUGUCGCGCCUAUUGUAGACUACGCAUCGACGGUCUGGCACGACCCGCUCCGGGACAAAGUUCACCUCCGACACUUGAACACAGUGCAGAGAACCGUGUUGAUCAGGAUCCUAUCAGCGUUCAGAACAGUAGCAACCGCAACACUGGAAGUCGAAGCCCACAUACUCCCCACGCAUCUCCGCCUUCGCUACCGAGCGCAGCGCACCAUAGCGAGACUUCACACUCUACCACGUGACCAUCCUAUCUGGAAUGCCCUAGCGAGAGCUCAGAAUCGUAGAAACAAUGUGGGAUCAUACGCCCGCUUCCCCCUAGCGGAAGCCAUGAAAACUAUGGAUGUCGACAGGCUCAACGAAUUGGAAAUAAUUGACCCACGCCCGUUGCCCCCGUGGCGUUCGGACGCCUUUACGGAGAUCGAGCUCGAACACGACCGGGAAAUAGCGAGAGAAAGAGCAGAGGCUGUGAGGAACACAUCGGAUAUUGUCGUCUACUCGGACGCCUCCGGACGUGAGGGUCAUCUGGGGGCUGCCAUUGUUGCACUGAAUGACGACGAUGAGGUGACCGAGUCUCAACAGAUCCAGGUGGGAUCGAUGGACCGUUGGUCGGUUCAUGUAGCGGAACUCAUUGGCAUCUUCUACGCGGUUAACAUAGUGUUCAAGUUAGCUCACCAACGCUCGAUCAUCGGAAACAGUAGGCACGCAACCGCCACUAUUCUCUGUGAUAGCAAAUCGGCUCUGCAGGCAAUUCAAAACGCGAGAAAUAAAUCAGGCCAGCGAAUCGUCCAUGCAACCCUCUAUGCAGCCACUGAGGUUCAAACAAUACCCAUAACGCUCCGCCUCCAGUGGAUGCCAGGGCAUUGUGAAAACGCCGGGAACGAUUUGGCGGAUCGACUUGCUAAGGAAGCUGCACAACCGGGCAAAACCCAUCCUUUUCGGCCGCUGCUGUCAAGGGAGAACGCAUCUAUCCGCGAUAAGAUUCAGGCUCAAUGGGGGCAAGAAUGGAAGUCAAACACCAAGGGCUCGCACCUACGGAAGAUUGACGACACGCUCCCGGCGCGAUAUACCAGGAAACUCUAUGGGAAUUUACCCAGGAACCGCGCGUAUCUGCUGACACAGCUACGCACGGGCCACAACUGGCUAUCUAGCUACAGAAAGAAGAUUGGCUACAGUGAUGAUGAUCGGUGCGGGUGCGGAGCAGAGGAGACAGUCACCCACGUCUUGAUGGAAUGCCCGAGGCUACGAGAGCCGCGGGAGGAAUUGAGAAGACAAGUCGAGGACGCGCUGAACAGCGUAUCGAGUCUGCUGGGAGGCUCAAAUGAAGGUGAGAAAGGUAAACCAGACACCGUCUCGCGAGCCAAGAUAGUACGAGCUGUACUGGACUUCGCCGAGGCGUCACAGAGGUUUCGCAGUCGCGCGUCAUAA